AUGAUUGCUGGAGUCAUUGCAGGGAGGGAAAAGAUAAAGUCCGUGUGGCUUGAAGUUCGAAAUAAUUUCAAUUCUUUUAUUUUGAAUGGUGAAGUUGAUGUGAUGAAGGUUAUAGAAUUAAGUUAUGACCAUUUACCUCAUCAACUGAAGCCAUGCUUUCUCUACCUUCCAACAUUUGAGAAGGACCAAGAAAUCAACAUAGAUCGGUUGAAAGUGUAUUGGCGUGCUGAAGGGCUCGUUGAACAGAUGGGGAUGAAGAGUUUGGAAGAAGCGAUGGAAAUUUAUUUGGAUAAUUUAAUUUCCAGUAGCUUGGUAAUUGCUUUCAAUGAGAUAGGUAGAUCUCCGACUUGCCAACUACAUGAUCUUGUGCAUGACUUUUGUUGGAUAAAAGCAAAAGAGGAAAAGUUGUUUGACAUGAUAAGUUCUUCAGAUUUUAUGCCACACACAGUGACCAUUUUUUAUGAUAAGGAGCAUAUCAGGCCUAACAAUUUCAUCCUGCUCAAUUCAAAAAUGCAAAGGCAUUCUGGUAAACACCUCUAUUCUUUGAUGAUAACUGGAGACGAGAUGGAAGAUUGUCCUUCUGAUGCUUGUCACCUAAGAGACUUGAGGCUUCUUAAAGUGUUGAUAACUGAUCCCUCUUUUAUGAAGGUGAAGGAUUCUUUGCUGAAUGAAAUAGGUGAACCAAUACUGAUAGCAGAGGACUCAAAGUUAGAGAACUUGAAAGAAUUAGGGAAACUCGUGCUUUCCUAUUCGAAUGAAAUAGAGGAUAUUUUCAUAAGGUUCCCCAAUCUUCAAGAGCUUAUACUAAUUCUCAAGGAAUCAUGGGAUUAUUCAACAGAGCGAUAUUGGUUCCCGAAAUUGGAUUUCCUAAUUGAACUAGAAUUCCUCAAAGUAAAAUUUGAAAGUUCAAAUGCAAAUGAUAGUGGGCCCUCUUUAGUGACAAAUUGGUCGUGGGAUUUUCAUUUUCCUUCCAAUUUGAAAAUAUUGGUGUUGUGGGACUUUCCUCUGACAUCCGAUUCACUAUCAACAAUAGCAAGACUGCCCAACCUUGAAGAGUUGUUCCUUACGAGAACAAUCAGGGGGAAGAAUGGAACAUGGGGGAAGAAGACACCUUUUUGA